CCUAAAGAUGGCGGCGCCAGUGUGAAGCACUGCCAUGACAACAGCCGGGCGCAGGAGGACCGGGAGCGGGAGAAGAAGGUGGCCAGGAAGAGGCUGUACGUGGUUUCUGCCAUCUGCCUGGUUUUCAUGAUUGGAGAGACCCUAGGUGGGUAUUUUGCAGGCAGCCUGGCGGUGAUGACAGAUGCUGCUCACCUGCUGGUGGACCUGACCAGCUUCAUCAUCAGCCUGCUGUCUCUCUGGCUCUCCUCCAGACCGGCAACACACAUGCUCAGCUACGGCUGGCACCGGGCAGAGAUCCUCGGCGCGCUGCUGUCAGUCUUCACCAUCUGGCUGGUAACCGGCGUGCUGGUGUAUCUGGCCGUGGAGCGCCUCGUCAGCGGCGACUACACCAUCGAGGGCGAUAUCAUGCUCAUUACCUCCGGCUGUGCAGUGGUGGCCAACAUCAUCAUGGCGGUCACUCUCCACCAGUCGGGUCACGGCCACAGUCACGGCGGGUUGAGUUCUCACGGCCACGGACACAGUCACGACAGCGGAAAGGAAAAGAUUCAGAUGUCGGCAGGCGUCCAGUCGGACAGUGAGGAAUGUGUGGACGUGGAGCGAAACGACAACGACCACGCUCGGAGGAAACAGCAGGCCAACGCGAGCGUGCGAGCGGCUUUCGUGCACGUGGUGGGAGAUCUGCUGCAGAGCGUCAGCGUGCUCGUCAGCGCCAUCAUUAUCUUCUUCAAGCCUGAGUAUAAGAUCGCCGACCCCAUCUGCACCUUCCUCUUCUCCGUCCUGGUCUUAUGCACCACCUUCACCAUCAUGAGAGACAUCCUGGUCGUCCUGAUGGAAGGAACUCCAUCGGGAGUGAAGUACGCCGAGGUGCGAGACGGCUUGCUGGAGGUGAAGGGGGUCACGGCGGUGCACAACCUGCACAUCUGGGCCCUGACCGUGAACCAGGCCGUUCUGUCGGCUCAUGUGGCCAUAGAUGAGUCCGUGGACGCUCAGACCGUCCUCAGGGAAAUGACGCAGGCGUGUUUCUCUUCCUACAACUUCCACUCCGUGACCAUUCAGAUGGAGCGGCAGGCCGACCUGAAGCCUGGAUGUACCCUCUGUGAGGACCCCAAGAAGUAG